AUGCAUGUCCUACGGGAGGGCACUCCAUCAUUCAAGCGCGGACCACCUCAAAGAGAGCAGCCAUCUGCGAUAUCGAACUGCCUGGCUCCGGCUCCGGCUCCGGCUCCGGCUCCUCGACCCAACAACCCGCGACCAAGUCCGCUAUUGCCCUCUCUCAGGGAUCCGGAAAUUCUCCCUCUGACUCUGAAAGAUAGAUCGCACUCGCUGGCUCAUAUUCACCCAGUCUCGGUGGUAUCUACAAAGACAAAGGAAGGCCUCUAUUACAGAAGCUACCACACUCCCAAAUCCGUACCCCUGGUUGCAGAGCUCAGAAUCAGAUCUGCCUCUGAAAUAAUCUACCGAGUGCGCCAGGAUAUCCCAGACCCUCUCAAUGACUCUCCUCUGCGGCCUCCUCUGGGCCUUCCUGACGACACUUCGAUAAAGCAGCCUACCCGCAGCGGGAUGGCGGACAUCAAUAUUGCGGUUAUUGGCAGUGCGGGUGUCGGCAAAAGUACUCUCAUACAACACGCCCUGGGACUACGGGCUCUCCCAACAUCAAUUGCUUCGAGUCUCCGAAUGUCUGUGGACGGAAUUGAAUCCGUGGUGAGCCUGGUGGAACUAGACCUCGAGUCCUUCGAUACAACCGGAGAUAGCGAGAUACGGUGGCCGAAGCAGAUCAAUGGGCAUAUCGUACCUCGAAUGGAUGGGGCGUUGCUGUUGUAUGAUGUUAUGAAUAGGGAGAGUGUGGUGGAAUUACCACAGACCCUGAAUGGUUUGGUACACUCUGCUAUGCCGGCAAUCUUGGUAUCGUGCAAGUGCGAUAACCCUGAGAACACGCGACAGAUCAACGUGGAGAAUAUGGAAGAAGCCUGUGCGUCCUGCGUUGAAGCCGUGAAGACCGCAGAAAACGCCCCUGAAAGUGCAAGACUCUGUCUCUCUUCUAUGCUCAGAGCUAUCAUGGCUGACAGGAAGCUCUCCGCAAAAACUUCAUCUGGUUCUGCUGAAUCUCCAACACGCCGUCGAGCGACCUCCGGCACACCUCUUGACCACCCCUGCGAUCCUUCAGCACCUCUCAGCCGGAACUCAAAGCACAGCCGUGCCAGUUCGGGAUUCUCCCUGCUCAGGGUCUAUCCAUCUUCGGCGCAGGCACCUUCAAGAGUCUCCACAAAUGGCCGGGCUAAUCUGCUCAUAUCGCUUCCUUCACCACGCUCUGCGCCUCCACUGUCUUCUCAUCCGAUGUUUCGCAACGACAGCUUCAACAGCACUGAGCCAAGCAUCAAGUUGACAGGUCCAAAAUCCCGUUCUCCUUUGCCAUCUCCUAGUCCGAGGGAGAUUGUUGACAAUUCUUCCCUGGAGAUGGAUGAAUCGGACCCAGACUCAGCCUCAUAUCGCUACUCGGACGACAUUCCUAUCUUACAGCGCAACGAUGACGGCUUCUUUGACAAGCCUGCCAAAGUGGCGGGGGUUACCUUCAGCGAGCUCGUUGACCGACUGUUGGAUCAGUACAUGACCAGAGCCGACAGCAAUUUUUCCGACAUCUUUCUAUGUCUCUACAGAAAAUUCGCAGCUCCGGGUGAAUUAUUCGAUGCGAUCAUCGAGCGAUUGGAACAUAUUGCGGACGACAGGAAUCUACACUAUUUGACGCGUACAACCACCCAACUCCGGAUCAUCACCGUGGUGGCAAAAUGGGUCACGAGUUACCCGGGAGACUUCGCUAACUCCAUAACGAACUCCAAGCUAGAAGCCUUCGUGGGCCAGCUGGCUGGGGACCCUGUGUUUGCGGCUGCUGCUCAGGAGAUGAGGAUGCAACUUAAAUCACGUGUCUUCGUCGAUGAUGAUACCGGAUGGGCUCGAACUGAUGCUGAUGUCGAGCAAGAAGCUGCAAACUUUGCAUAUGGAUCUCCAACAUCCUCUCCAACCCGAACGGGAACAGAUACAAAACCAGAUUUCGAGGACGAAAUCAACAAUUUCCACAUUGAUGAUGGAUGCAGCGAAGAUAUGGCACGCAAAGACUCUCGUGGCGACUCGUUGAUUUCUGAUCCAAGCUCGUCCACCCGAUCACUGUCGCCUUCAUUCCAUACCGUGGAGGACUACGAGAGAGAGGCAGCCACAUUGAUUCCGAAAGGAGCCUUACCACUGACCAAAUUUCGCUACCACAUGUUCAUGGAUAUGUCAGUCGACGAUUUUGCGGAUGAGAUGACCCGAAUAGACUGGGUUAUGUUUUCCUCGAUCCGGCUUCGAGACUUGAUCAGGCACGUCAGCUUACCUCUGGAGCAGAAGGAGAAGAUGACCAAUGUCCACCGAAUGAUCAAUCAUUUCAACCACAUCGCGAAAUGGGUAGCUAACAUAAUCCUGAUGCGUGAUCACGCAAAGCACCGAGCUCAGAUGUUGGAAAAAUUUAUGAAAAUCGCUUUGAAACUUCGGCAGCUAAACAACUACAACGGCCUUGCCGCUGUGCUCGCCGGGAUCAACGGGAGUUCCAUCCAUAGGUUAACACAAACGAGAAAUCUUGUCCCUGCAGAUGUACAAAAACGUUUUGCUAGACUGGUCAUUCUGAUGGGAACACAAAAAAGCCAUUUCGCUUACCGUUUGGCGUGGGAAAAUUCGCCAUUACCGCGGAUCCCAUUCAUCCCACUACAUCGGCGGGAUCUCGUUUCGGCCGAGCAAGGGAGCCGUACUUUCGUGGGAGCUAAUGGAGAUCGGAUCAACUGGAAGAAAUUCGAGAUCUUGUCUGAAGUCAUUCUGCCUAUCAUGAAGAGUCAAGCCUUGCCAUACCCGAAUCUUUCACGGCACGAGGGUGCCCGAGAGUUGAUCCUAGAUUGUAGGAUAUCCCUAGAUGACGAGGAAGUAUACCAACGCAGUUUGCAGCUUGAAAGUUCGUCUGGGGCAGCAGAUGUGGGAAAGAAAAGAUUCCCGUGGUUUCAGAAAGACAAGUGA